UUAAAGCCUUCGCCAUAAAGAUAGAAUCGAUGUCAUUUGGUUUAUGGAAUAUUCAGUUUCAUGUUUGAAAAAUUAGUAUCAACAUUAAAAAUGUAUAGAAAACCUUCUGGAAUAACUGAUUUAAGGGGCAAAAUAUGUUUAGUAACCGGUGGCUCUCGGGGAAUAGGAAAAGGCAUUGCGAUCCAGUUAGCAUAUCAUGGUGCAACAUGCUAUGUUUCAGGACGAAAUAUGGAAACUUUGGAAAAACUCAAUAAAGAGGUUGAGAGUAUGGGAGGAAGUGGCAAGUGUAUCCCAGUGCAAUGCGAUCAUGAAAACGACUCAGAAGUAAAGAGUGUGUUCGAGAGAAUUGAUAGAGAAAACGAUGGAAAACUCGAUCUUCUCGUUAACAAUGCUUAUUCAGCAGUCAGGUAUAUUUUUGAAAACCUUCAAAAAAAGUUUUGGGAACAAUCACCCGACGCGUGGGACAAAAUCAAUAAUGUUGGACUCAGGAAUCAUUAUAGAUGUGCGGUCUACGCAUCGAAGAUGAUGAUCGAAAAACGCCAAGGUUUGAUCAUCAAUGUCUCAUCACCUGGAGGAAUGCGAUACUUCCUCUCUGUUCCGUAUGGGGUCGGAAAAUGUGCGAAAGAUAGGAUGGCUAAAGAUUGUGCCAUUGAGCUGCGAAAAUACAAAGUUGCUUUUAUAUCACUAUGGCCGGGUCUCGUGAAAACUGAAGAAAUAACUAAUAUAAAAGAAGAGGGCCCGUUCUCCAGUAGGUACGGGAGAUUUUAUGAUUCCAGUGAAUCCACGACGUAUGUGGGAAAGACGGUUGCUGCACUAUUGUCAGAACCCCAUGCAGAAGUCAUGACGAGAAGCGGUAAAGUUGUUCUCACACGAGAUGUUGGCACAAAGCACGGAUUAACAGACGAGAGGGGUAUUGUUCCGAAUAGUAUGUUUCAGUUAAAUCUCAUGCUCUACCUAUCCGGGUACAAGAAACUUGCAAAUUUCAUUCCGGAUUUUGUUCAAAUUCCGUCUUCAAUUAUCAUGACGCUUCAAGCUUAUAGGGAUACAUAAGUUUAUUCGUGUUUACAUCAAUGUGUAAUAUAUAUUUGUUAAUCGACGUACUUUUGAAAAUUUAUUAAUUUCGUUGAAAGUGUUGAAAGUGUAAUAAAAUC